UACACAGUCUAUAUAUACAGUAUUUGUUCAUACCUACCGUCGGUGGUUACUAUACAAAGUCUAUAUACAGUAUGUGUCUAUACCUACCGUCGGUGGUUACCAUACAAUACAGUACUCCUAUACAAAGUCUAUAUACAGUAUGUGUCUAAACCUACCGUCGGUGGUUACCAUACAUGUCUAAACCUACCGUCGGUGGUUACCAUACAAUACAGUACUCCUUUACACAGUCUAUAUACAGUAUUUGUCCAUACUUACCGUCGGUGGUUACCAUACAAUACAGUACUCCUUUACACAGUCUAUAUAUACAGUAUUUGUCCAUACCUACAGUCGGUGGUUUCCAUACAAUACAGUACUCCUUUACACAGUCUAUAUAUACAGUAUUUGUCCAUACCUACCGUCGGUAGUUACCAUACAAUACAGUACUCCUUUACACAGUCUAUAUAUACAGUAUUUGUCCAUACCUACCGUCGGUAGUUACCAUACAAUACAGUACUC